GUGUUUCCCGGGCUGACCGCGAGGAUGCAUCGAUCGUCAAGGCUCGUCAACGGGAGCUUGCCGAACUCCAGCAGAGGAGGGAGGCGGAGAUCCGAGCCACGAGAAGCCAGCAGGAGGAAGAGCAGCGCCAGCGUCAGGAAGAGCAGCAGCGCCAGCAAGAGGAGCGGCAGAGACAUCUCCGGGCGCAAAGAGCUGCAGAAGAGCGCCGCCAGAAAGAGGCAAACCUGUGGGCUUCCACGCGAAUGGCGCAGCUGAGACAGGAGCUACGGGGACUCCGCGGCCUCUCCACCAGCGCACGGAAGGCACAUAUCCGAGCACUUCAGCUGGAGCUUCACCCGGACAAGCAGCCGGAAGAACGUCGACAGGAGGCCAAGAGGUUGUUCCUUUUGGUCCAGAGCGAGUGGGAGACGCUACAGUCUUCCUCGGAGAUGCCCUGGGAAGGGCCCUCGCCUACAAGAGCUCACAAGGCGCAGGCUGACUGGGCCCAACGUCGGGCGCAGACCUUCGAUGAGGCGAAGAAGGAGGCGAAGCCCCAGGCCCGCGCUCCGCCAAAGCCGCCUCCCGGAAAGGAUCCGCCGCGGCCGAAGACCAGCCAAGAGCGAAAGCCCUCCGAGUUCCGCUUUUGCGAUCUCCCUGAGGACUCUGCGAGUGAGGACGAAGGAGACUGCCUAGAGCUAG